GUUUUUUCUUCUCGUAUUGGCAGAGUCCAAGGACCCCUUCCAUUCUUUCUCCGUAUCGCCUGAUGGGAGGCAUUAUGGCCCCCAAGGACAUCAUGACGAACACUCAUGCUAAGUCCAUCCUCAAUUCCAUGAACUCCCUCAGGAAGAGCAACACCCUGUGUGACGUGACGCUGAGAGUGGAGCAGAAGGACUUCCCAGCCCAUCGGAUCGUGCUGGCGGCCUGCAGCGAUUACUUCUGCGCCAUGUUUACCAGCGAGCUCUCAGAGAAGGGGAAACCGUACGUGGACAUCCAAGGUCUGACCGCUGCGACCAUGGAGAUCCUGCUGGACUUCGUGUACACGGAGACGGUGCACGUGACCGUGGAGAAUGUGCAGGAGCUGCUCCCUGCAGCCUGUCUGCUUCAGCUGAAAGAGGAGGAAAUAAUACAUGGAAACAGCCCCACGAGGAAACAAGAAACUGGCGCUGUCCAUUGCCCCCAUGGAAGGGACCAGACGCCAGGUGUGAAGCAGGCCUGCUGCGAGUUCCUGGACAGCCAGCUGGACCCAUCCAACUGCUUGGGCAUCCGGGACUUCGCCGAGACGCACGGCUGUGCUGACCUCAUGCAGGCGGCGGAGGUGUUCAGCCAGAAGCACUUUCCGGAGGUGGUGCAGCACGAGGAGUUCAUCCUGCUGAGCCAGGGCGAGGUGGAGAAGCUCAUCAAGUGCGACGAGAUUCAGGUGGACUCCGAAGAGCCGGUGUUCGAGGCCGUCCUCACCUGGGUGAAGCACGCGGGGAAGGAGCGGGAGGAGUGCCUGCCUGAGCUGCUGCAGUACGUCCGCAUGCCCCUGCUGACGCCGCGCUACAUCACCGACGUGGUGGACGCCGAGCCCUUCAUUCGCUGCAGUUUGCAGUGCAGGGACCUCGUCGAUGAGGCAAAGAAGUUCCAUCUGAGGCCUGAACUGCGAAGUCAGAUGCAAGGACCCAGGACGCGGGCUCGUCUAGGAGCCAAUGAGGUGCUUCUGGUGGUUGGGGGCUUCGGAAGCCAGCAGUCUCCCAUUGACGUGGUAGAGAAAUACGACCCCAAGACUCAAGAGUGGAGCUUUUUGCCAAGCAUCACUCGGAAGAGACGCUACGUGGCCUCGGUCUCCUUACAUGACCGAAUCUAUGUCAUCGGCGGCUAUGAUGGCCGCUCCCGCCUCAGUUCUGUGGAAUGUCUCGACUACACGGCCGACGAGGACGGGGUCUGGUACUCCGUGGCCCCGAUGAAUGUCCGGCGAGGCCUUGCCGGGGCCACCACCCUGGGAGAUAUGAUCUAUGUCUCCGGGGGCUUUGACGGGAGCAGGCGUCACACCAGUAUGGAGCGAUAUGACCCCAACAUUGACCAGUGGAGCAUGCUGGGAGACAUGCAGACUGCCCGGGAGGGCGCCGGGCUGGUGGUGGCCAGCGGAGUGAUCUACUGUCUAGGAGGAUAUGAUGGCUUGAAUAUCUUAAAUUCAGUUGAGAAAUAUGAUCCGCAUACCGGACACUGGACUAAUGUCACGCCAAUGGCCACCAAGCGCUCCGGUGCCGGCGUGGCCCUGCUGGACGACCGUAUUUACGUGCUGGGAGGAUUCGACGGCACGGCCCACCUGUCUUCCGUGGAGGCGUACAACGUCCGCACCGACUCCUGGACACCUGUCACCUGCAUGACCACCCCGCGGUGUUACGUGGGGGCCACGGUGCUCCGGGGCAGGCUGUACGCAGUUGCGGGGUACGACGGCAACUCCCUGCUGAGCAGCAUCGAGUGCUACGACCCUAUCAUCGACAGCUGGGAAGUGGUGACAUCCAUGGGGACCCAGCGCUGUGACGCUGGCGUGUGUGUGCUCCGAGAGAAGUGACUGUGGUUGGAGCACCAUCCAGAGCUAGUGACCAGUCCAAGGGACAAUUUGUGGGAGAAUCAAGGAUCCUCUCCGGAAUGUCUGUUUCUCGCUGGGCACAGGAUGAUGAAAGCAGCAGUGCGAAGGUGAUGGUGCUCACGUGACACACGCUCUAUGCGCUGGCGUUGUCCCCUGGGAGGGGGGGCACAGACACUCGAGGGAAGAGAAUGCACACUGAAUGGGUGUGAGAGGUCGGGUCACCUCUCCUCCUGGUCUAGGGGCACUUCCUUGUUGUUUCCACCCUGCCGUGCGCUUAGGAGGACAUGUGUGCAUGUUUGUGUGAUGUGCCUCGUAUGCCGCAGGGGUUAAGGUGAGUGUGACCACCAGAUGUGGGCGGUGUCCAGCCUGCGUCAGAAUUUCAAGGUACCAGCUUGAGUGAGCUUCGUUCUCCAGGAAUAAAUCUCUUUCCUAGUCUACAGGUAGCUAGGGGCAGUGUACUUCCAUUCCGGAGGAAAACAAAGGGAAGAGCUCAUCACAGCUUGGGGGCAGGGGACAGCCCCAGCGCCCCGUGGGCUCGGGGUUGGUGUAUCAGAGCUGGGUUCCGGGUAAGUGCAGUGACCUGAAUUUGAUGGAGUGCGAGUGAACUGAGACCAUCCCUGAAGAAUAACCGGGAGGACAGAGAAGGGUGUGUGAUGAUUUCAGGGACCUUUUUAUCUCCCGUGGGCCUCCUGAAUUACAGUUCCUUCCCGGGCCGCGGGGAAGUGCGCAGAGGGCAGCAGCAUGAACAGUGUCGGCAUGGCUGGAGGUGGAAUAAAUGUGAGAGAUCAGCGUG